GCCUUUGGCUGCCAUGAUGAGAAGCUGUAUCGCGCACAGCCGCAUGUUAAGAAACAAAAGUAGGAGAUCCCGAAUCUAAUGAACCAUCUACUGGAAUUUGGUCCUUGGUAAUCCACAUAAAGACAGACUUUGUAAUUGGAAUCCUGUGGGAGUAAAUGGAGCAAAUAUAAGGAGGGUUGUUGCCCAGGUUUCCUGAACUCCAGACCUACGCAACAUAUGUCUGCACCCACUAUGUUUUCUACCCUUUUGUCAAUAACUUGAUCAAAUAUUUAUAAAUAUAACUAUUGAUUAAUUCAUAUGGCUUUGUAGAAGAAUGCAUGAAAUAAUUAUAAAUGCUAGUUGGCCUUGUUUAACAUACCAAGUUUUAGCUGAAUUGUUAAUAUAUUUUGGAGGGCUCUAACAGACUUGUCAACAGAUCCAGUAAACUGGUAGAUUAGUACCAAAAUUAUCAAAUAAAGCAAGAAUUGGCUACAAGGGAGAUGAGAGUUGAAUUUUUUAAUUUUUUUUUUUUUUAAUGGAGUGGAGGGGAGGAUGAAUUAGGCUAAGCCAUAGCACAGUAUUCAUUAGUAUCUUCAUUAAUGAUGCACAAAAAUGUUAGAGGUACCCUGCUGAAAUUUGCUUUUAAUAAAAAAUCAGGAGACACUGCUAUUACAGAUUAGGAUUAGGAUGCACUGGAUGACCUGCAAAUUGGAGUAGUGAGACACUGAUGAGAUCUUAACCAUAAUGCUGUACAACAAAUCUGAUAUCAGUGAAAGAAAUAUGAGAUCAAACUGGAGUGGGAGAAACUGCAAGAAAUAAUAAGGAUAACAAAAAUUAAGUCUUAUAAAUGGACCUUGGAAAGUUUGACAAUUGUUCAUUCUAAUAAAAGUUGAGAGAGGAUAUCAACACUCUUGAUAAUUAUAAGAGUGAAUAAAUAUACAAAGAAAAAUUAAGUCAAAUGACAAUUUUGACAGAAGAACAAAUAUAUAUAAGCAUUAAUAAAUUGAUUGUGUAAUUAAAAGAAGGUUUGCAGUCUUGGCACCAAUGUACUGGGAUAGUCUUUCUGUGGAAAUACUGGCAGUAAAAGAAAACUUUCUGAAACAGAGAUUGCUUUUAUGAAAGUGAUUAUAUGAUGUCUUUGCCUAAAAUAGCAGAGAUGGACUUGAUGACAUUAGAUGUUUCUGUGUUCAUUAUAUAAAGAUGACUAUUACCAAAAUUGGUAAUUUUACCUACAGAAAGCAAGUUGUACGUUGGAGCUUGCUAUAGAAAUUACAUGUAAAAGGAGAAAGACAUCUACUAUCUAUUAUGAAUUCCAGAAUUUUGUGAAAAGGUUUACAUUCCCUUUAGAAGAAGUGUUACUUUACAUGAUGCCAUGUAAAGAUUCCAUGCUUGGAAUUCACUUACUUUUUUUUAAAAUUUCAUUCAAAUGUAGGAAACUAAUUUUAGUGACACAACUCUGCUUUUGAAGAUUCAGUCUUUUGAGGAACAGGCUUUUAAAUUCAUAAGAAAAGGGUACUCUAGAGAAUUCUGACACACAAAAAAGCUUUAUGAUUUAUAGAAGUUUAUGAGGCCAUACAUUAUCAGAAUAAAUGGUGGUCUUGUUCUUCUGUAUUUUCCUAGUUCCUCAGGCUUAGAAUGGAAAGAGUGAAUACGUGAGAUUGUCUGGCCAUGGGAAGGAGAAGAUGCCUGCUCCAAGGGUGCCAGUGCUGGCAGCAAGAUCAAUGGAUCUCUUCUAUUCCAGGAGACAUGGAGGUCUAUUUGUGGUUGGAGCUACCUGACUAGAUAAAGUAUAGAUCAGUCUGCUAUGAAAGUACCUUCUAUGAAGAAGACUGCCUGAUGGCUUAGUUUCUCUGAAUGUAUCACAUUGUCAGAUAAGCCUUUUCAUGAAAUUAAAAACCAAAACCAAUAUUUUUCUGGUUUCCAGGUUUGGCUUGGAAUUUUUAUCCCCUUCUUUGUCAAUUCAGGUGGGCCAUUAUCUGUUGCUCAUUUUAACUGGAAUUGUGGAAGCAAAAUCCUGCAAUAGCAAAACCUUGGAAUGUUUCCUUAAGCUUUAAAAUAGGCAAGCUUGACUCAAAUUUGCAGUACGGGCAGUUUAUGCAUCUGUAGCAGUAUAAAUAGCUCUUUAAAUAGGUGUAAAUAAAAUAUAUUCAAGUUUAAAGUUUCUUUAUGUUGGCAAAGUGGAGUAAAAUAUUGUAAAAAAUAGUGAAGGCCAACAUACCUUACGAACAACGCACUUUAGUAUAGGGAUUUUCACCAGAAAAACUUGGCUGCUGAAAGGGAGAUUGCACUGUCUUCAAUUUAAAUCAGUUCUGAAGCCAGUUAAUUUACGCCACUGAAGCGUAAAUGAAGCUCACAGUGUGCAGCAUAUGCUGUAAGCAAACAUACAGCUUCCCCAGCAAGACUAGAGGCACAGGAUAAAAUCAGUAUCGACUAAACACUCAAAGUUGCACUGUCACCAAACUGUCUCUAAAUGACCCUAUUUGGUAAGCCCUAGCAAUCCUGUGAUUAGGCCAGGCUGUCGGUGUUUGUUUGUAUUCUGUUAUUUUACUCCAGAGUGCCUAAUGGGAAUCCACUUAGAAAGUAGUCUAGUAGCCUGUAUCUCCCUUCCACUGUAAGCUGUAGAAAGACCACUGGUCUGCUUUGAGUUUGCGGGUUUGUAGUAUACAGGUGAGCCUUUUGGAAUCUAAAAAUAUGUAACAAAGUUUUCCUUUUCCAUCUUCAUUUUACACAAAAUUGUAAGAGUUUGGGUUUUUUUUAGGGUAAGCCUAGGAAUAGUCUUUCUCUUGAAUGACCAUUAAAAAUUUUAACACACUCCUUGGUGUGCUUCCUGUGGACUUUACUGAAAAAAACUCAUACAGUUUCAGGAAUAGAUUGAAGAAACCAUGGCCAAUCAACGGGAUUACAUUAGCAGACCUAUUUGCAAUGGAAUUUCUGUUCCUGAAAAUAAAAUCAAUUCCUUAGUGGCUGAAGGUCAUGGACAACAAAUUCUAAAAGUACUACAAAAGUUCAGAGAACAAAAUAUAUUUUUUGACUUUAAAAUUGUUGUGAAAGAUGAAAUAAUUCCUUGUCAUCGUUGUGUACUGGCAGCGUGCAGUGAUUUUUUCAGAGCCAUGUUUGAAGUUAAUAUGAAAGAACGAGAUGAUGGCAAUGUUACUAUUAGUAAUCUAUCCCCCAAGGCAGUGAAAGCUUUUCUUGAUUAUGCUUACACAGGAAAAACAGAGAUAACAAAUGAUAAUGUGGAAAUGCUCUUCCAACUGUCGUCAUUUCUUCAAGUUUCACUCCUUUCCAAAGCUUGCAGUGACUUUUUAAUAAAAAGUAUUGAUCUUGUGAAUUGCUUACAGUUGCUUUCUCUAUCAGAAAGUUAUGGUUCCGUCCGCUUAUUUGAUCAUGCACUCGAUUUUGUACAGCACCACUUUUCCUUGCUGCUCAGAUCAAGUGAUUUUCUGGAGAUGAAUUUUGAGAUAUUACAAAAAUGUCUUGAGGCUGACGAACUAGAUGUCCCUGAGGAAGAAUCAGUGUUGAAAGCUGUCCUUCAGUGGACCAAACACAACUUAGAAACACGACAGAAAUACCUGCCUAAUUUGAUUAGAAAAGUGAGACUACACCAGUUACCUGAAAAGACUUUGCAGGACUUUCUACAUUCUGAAGAACACUUACUUAAGAGUGCUAAUUGCUCAAUAAUAAUCAAUGAUGCAGUUAAAAGUGUGCAAAACUUUAGUGGACUGUUUCCAGAUGCACGUCCUUCAACAACAGAAAAAUAUAUAUUUGUUCAUAAAACUGAUGAAGAUGGAGAAAACAGACAUACAUUCUGCUACAACAUCAAAACAGAUAAAUGGAAAGAACUACCACAUACGCACAUGAUUGAUCUUCCAGGGUCAAGUUUAUCUAGCUAUGGAGAAAAAAUAUUUAUAACUGGAGGAUGCAAAGGGAAUUGUUAUAGGACUGUCAGACUUCAUAUUGCUGAACCAUUCCAUGAUGCCACUGACCAAACCUGGUGCUACUGUCCAGUCAGCAAUGAAUUCUCCAUAGUGUCAGCUAUGAAAAAACCAAGGACAAUGCACACAUCUGUUGUAACCUUAAAUCAGCUGUUUGUAAUAGGUGGAAAGACCAGAGGAGCUCAAGAGACCCGAAGUCUUUUGGAUGUAGAAUCCUAUAAUCCUCUUUCCAAAGAUUGGAAAUCUGUAAGCCAGUUACCAAGAGGUAUCUACUAUCCAGAAGCAAGUGCAUGUCAGAAUAUAAUUUACGUCCUUGGCUCAGAAGUUGAGAUUACUGAUGCCUUUAAUCCAUCUCUUGACUGUUUCUUUAAAUAUAAUGCUGUGACUGAUCAGUGGUCUGAGCUUGUAGCAGAAUUUGGGCAGUUUUUCCAUGCAACUCUCAUCAAAGCCGUUCCAGUGAACUGUACAUUGUACAUAUGUGAUCUCUCCACCUACAAGGUCUACAGUUUUUGCCCAGAAACCUGUGUCUGGAAAGGGGAAGGAUCGUUUGAAUGCGCUGGCUUUAAUGCAGGGGCAGUUGGGACAGAAGACAAAAUUUAUAUAUUAGGUGGUGAUUAUGCUCCAGAAGAAAUCACAGACGAAGUUCAAGUCUACCAUAGCAGUAGGUCUGAGUGGGAAGAAGUUUCACCAAUGCCAAGAGCCUUAACUGAGUUUUACUGUCAGGUCAUUCAGUUUAAUAAAUAUAGGGACCCCUGGUCAUCUGUACUGACAAUUUGCUCUGGAGAAUUUUGAAACUCCCGAGUCAAAACAAUCUAUUUAAAUGCACAAGUUUUAGAACAGAUUUUUAGGUAUUAAUUUACAGAUGGAAAAAUAUGUACUGUUUUGUUUAAAUCUUCAGUUUAAAUUGUAUGCUGUAGAAUUGCUUUUGGAAGAGUCCAUUAAAUUGUCAUUCAUGCUAGUCAUUAUCUAGAAAGUAUUACUUCAUUUUAUAUGCAAGUGUUCUCUGUAAUUAUCUGAAUAAUUUUCAAAAUAUUACUUUUCAAAAAAGCAUAGUCAUGAGGAAUUCAUUGUGUAAUAUGUGCCAUUAUUUCUGUAAUAUUCACAGUUGUCCCAGUAGACAAAUUGCUGAGUGAGAAAACUGACUGUGAUACUGUUUUCCCUAUGUAACUGAAGUUUGAAAGAAGUUUACAUUAGUGUUGUUUUAUUUGGGUUUUUUAUAUUCAUAAACCUGUAAGAGGAAUUAAUUGUCAGCUUUGUCUUAUUAGAAUGACCUUAGCAAGGGCAAGAGCCAAAGUGACCUUCACAGCAUUAAAACCAGGUAUCUAACUUGAAGAGACUGAUAAUUCCUAUCAUCUUACUUCAGCUCUUCAGUUUUACCAGUUUUUCUCCAUCCUUGUGCCUUAGUAGUAGCUGUACUUUCUGUUUUCAUCCCAUUAACUGUGGCAUGAUAAACUUUGCUAACAUUGCAGGGUGGGCAAGAUUUCUACAGGAUGGAUGAUUCAUGUAGUUAUCUUUGCUUCAGUCAUGCUGUUAACUAAAGAAAAAACACUUUAGGAUGUUUUCUAACAGAAGUCUUCCAUCUCUGAAGUCUCCAGUGCUACCUACUAAGCAGCCACUAGGCUGCUUAAAGCAGCAAGCUGUAAAAUAAAUUUUAGUUGUUGCUUCGGUUAACUACGGGAAAGCUCGUAUCUUGUCAUACAUCAACUACAAAGCUACAAAAAUAAAUCCCCAUAUGUAAAGUCAAAGUAAAGAGUAUUUCUGAGGUAAAAUAAAUACUUUUUUUAACUUCUAUAGUGGUUUAAAUGAGUUAAAACACUUUAUCUUGUACUUCAUGGUAAUUUUAAGUGUUAAAAUCUUACAUGGUAAACACUACACAAUAUAUUGCUUGAUAAACUUUCAGUAGUCAUCUAUUAUAAUAUUAAAACUGUAAUGGACUUUUAGUAUUAAUAUUAGUCUAGGCAUACACUGUGAAGUAAAUUUGAUCUCAUGCAUACAAAGUGGGACCUGUGUCUUGACAGGACGACACUGAAAUUAGCUAGGUUUCAUAAAUUCAUUUGUAGUCUUCCACAGCCUGAGAAUUUUCUUUUCUACCAGCCAUUUGAAUAAGAUAUUGGGAGCCCUUAUGUUCCAUAUAAUUAUCGUUUAAGCAGUAAGCUUGUCUUAUGCCAGACAGAAUGGUUCUAAACACCUAAGCACAUCUUUUCCAAGCAGUUUAAAAUGAACAAAAUUUAGUGAGGCGUCUAAAACAUCUUUCAUAUGGCUUGAGAUGACCGUGGUAAGUUCAUUAUCACAUCACUACUGCAUGUACUUUUUGCAAAACUCAAGCUCAAUAUUAAUGCUUAAAGCUUAAUAUCGCCUAGCAACAUACUUCUGUUUUAAACAGUAAACAAUGGAAAGUUCCAAUUCUGUGAUUGACUCUCUAAUUUGUUAUCAGAUACCUUUAUAAAUUUAGAUAACAUUCAUCAUAAAUAUUUUCAUAAGGAGGUAAAUGAAAAUUACGCACAUUUGGAGAACAUAUUAAUAGAGUGGAACCCUCCCACUCAAUAAUUUAUUUGUAUUAAGAUGCGUGUCAGUUCUGUAGAAGUAAAUAGCUUGUUAUUACAGUAUUUCAGGCAACGUCUACAUUUCUUUUGCUCUUUUCAUAGUGAGUCUCCAAAUCGUAUUAUAACUACACUUAGCUAGGUAACCUUACAAUCACCAAACUGAAAUGCAAGCAUUUUUCUAUUGGAACACAACUACUUUUUGUUACUGCAAAGCAAAUGUAUUGAAUAGUUUAGGAGAGAUAGAGAAUACUAUUCCUGCUUACUGAAACAGUAUGAGAAAAAUAGACAUGUAGGAGAACAGUAGUUUUAGCAUUAAUACAGCUACUCAAGGUAGCAUAGAGACUUCAUUAACCAUUAGCUAUUGCAACUUGUCACUUCAUCAGAAUAUGAGGCCCAAUUCUCCUUUGCUUGUGUUUUUGUGUUGUUUUUAUACCUGAGUAAUAGGAGUAUGCAAUUUAUGCAAUGAGAAAAGUAACAUAUUAUGCCUAUAGUACAUGGGUAUAAAUAGCUAUGCAAAUUGGAAGAGACUAGAGAAUUGCAAAGUUUUUUUAAUUGCCACUGUCAUGACCAAAUUGCUGGGUCAUAUAAACAGCAAGUGAGUCAGUAAUUCAGGUGAUGCUCUUUCCUCUAAGUUUUUCCUUACGGCAAAUUUUUUUUGGCAGUCUUCCAUCCAGCUACUUGCUGUAUGUAUAAGCCUCUGGCACAUAACAACAGACAGAGCAAUGACAUAGUGUGGUAAGUUACUCAUUAUUAGUAUAUAUGAUGAAAACUGAAUGAAGCUUAAUUUGAAAAAUAGACAUGCUUCUUUAAUAUUCUAUGCUACAUUUGCACAGGAACUAAUGUCAGUUCCCAGUUUGACAAACCAUUCAUGGAUUUCAAAUAGAGUUGAGCUCUCUUGCUCAGUGAUCAGGAAAUAAUGUAGUAGUGUCAGUUACUUUAUACCAUUGCUUAGAGAGAAGUUACUGUGAAAUAGUACUAAUUUUCUUUAGUUAUGUAGGUAAGCCUGUAUUACAACUCUCACAGAGGAAAAAAGGUCAUUUGCCACAAUUCCACAUACAGAGAGUUAAAUCCGAUAGCAGAAUUGAGUGCAGAAGAAGCUGUGUUAGAAAGUCAUGGUUAAAAACAAGGCUUUAUGAUAGAAUUGAGGGCCUAUGUUCCAAAUCCUGUGAUUAAUCACUAAUGAUAUAAGAAAUCUCAGCGAAGUCAACUACACUACUCAGAAGAAUAUGGAUUACUUGCAUGAAUAACUGCUGUAGGUCUGGAUCAAAUAGAUUUUUCAGUCUACUUUACGCAGCUGUUAUGCAAUUUUUAAAAAGUCACAAAAUUAGUGCAAAGCGAGUUUUUCUAUAUCUUUUCUGAAUUUUCAAAGUUCACAGUACUUUAUGAAAAGGUACCUUUCUCUAAAAGUUGUCAAUGACUAGAUUAAUGAUUACCUAUGUUCUCACUGAAAUACAUUAAAACAUACAGAUUGCAUGUGAAGUUAUAAUCUACUACUUGCACUUAAAUGAUGUAACCAAAACAUUUCUAAUAGUAUUCUAUGUCACAGAACACAUUAUAAGCAUGACCAGUAUAAUAUACAUGAAGAUAAUAUAUAUAGUAUGUGGGAUUGUAAUAUCCAGUAAUGACUAUAUUGGAUAAUCUUAAUUUUUAAAGAAUGCUAUCAAAACAUUAUGGCACUUUGGUAAUGUUAUCAUACUGGUUUAGUUGUUAUAAUAAAUAUCAGUUAUUCAGGUGUUUAUAUUGAUUAUGUUUGCACAGACCUGAUGAUUACUCUAUUAUUUAUGUACUAAUGAAUUUAUUUUCUAUAUUCUAAAUACAUUUGUAGUAAGUCAGUUUACUGCUAUUAAAAAUUCAUUAUAUUCACAAAAUGGAGUAGGUUUACUGGGUCAGAUUUAUUUCUGGUAUUACUCCACGAAGAAAGCUGUAUACCUCCUCUGAUUAGUAGUAGGUAGUAGGUAAGGUCUAGGCUAUAGAAUGUGCUGUCUGCAGUUCGUAAUGUGGAGUCUAAUUUUAGGUGUUUCUGUUUGUAGGUGACCAACAGGAGGCAGCAUGAGAUCUAUUUUAAUUAACCCAGACUGAAACCAGGGAUAUAUUUGACAAUAUUUCUAGCUGAACAUUAUACUCAAUUUACUGUUUUUCCCUUCUAACAUCCAAUAAAGCAUAGAGAUCAGUAACAUUUUGCUGCUGCCUGGGCUCUGCUGAUAUGUGGAAAGUAUGAUACUACACGUUUGCCGAGAUGUUCUUUCUUUUGUGAAAUAAAAGCACCAAGCAACUGAA